AUUAGUUGUGAAGCUCGUGUAGAAUAAGGCUGGUUCGUCAACAAAAUGUUAAUAUUGGUUGUUUUCACUCAAAUUAUGGGAACUUGUUACGGAAAUAACAACCAACUUAAACUAAGUCUUUUCCGGACAAUUUAUGGUUCCAGUAAAGAGAGUAACAUCAUCUUAUCAGCUUUUUCGAUACGAGCAACUCUAUCGAUUUUGUAUCUUCUCGCUAACAAGAACACAUCUGAAGAUAUGCAAAAGCUUUUCAAAACGAACCACUUCGAAAGACAGCCAUUUGAAGAUGAAAUUAAUUUACAAAUUUAUUCAAAGGCAUUUAUUGACCAAACAUUGUUCAACGAGAACUUUUCAACAACUUUUCAAGAGAAUUCUGGAAUAACACUAGAAACCAUCGACUUUGAACCACCACGUUACGAAAACAACUCAAUCAACACCUGGAUUGACGACCUCACCGAAUGCACUGAACUACCCCUGCUCAGCACAACCGAGGUCACCCUAAACUCCAGCUUCCUGCUGUGGAGCGCCAUCUGGGUACGUGCACGUUGGCGGGAACCCUUCGACUGGACGACCCAGCAGAUCUUUCACUACGCCAACGGAGACCACCUCGUGGACAUGAUGUUCGUGGAGAAUCGCUUCGAGCACGCCGAAGUUGACGGCUUAUCAGCGGUGAACUUGCCCUUGGACGCGGAUCUAUCGAUGCUGGUGAUCGUGCCGACUCGCAAGUCAGAUCAACUGUCGACAGUGAUUGCCCGAUUUGACCACACGAUGUGUUUGAAAAUUGUUCGAGCUCUCAAAGAGAAGCAUGUUGUUUUGCGGAUGCCAAAGUUUGCGGUGAGUAGUACGGUUGACGUUCGGAAAGUUCUAGCAGCGAUUGGAUUGGGAGCUCUGCUUGGAGAUUAUGCGUUCGAAGUGGCUCCAGAUGUGAACUCACCACUUUCCUCUAUGAAGCAAACAACAGCGAUUGAAGUGACGGAGAAUGGACUGAUGGGAGAAGAGACUGCUGGACCUAACUUUCGAUUUUCAACUGGUGCAGAAUCAUCGCCAAGUCCAGUGUUUUUAACAAUAGAUCGUCCAUUUAUAUUUUUUAUAAGGCAUGUGUCCACUAAGUCUAUUCUAUUUAUAGGACAAUAUUCACAGUUUGUUGAAUGUUAAACAAAUGAAUAUGUUAUUGUCAUAGAAACAGAAUUUGAUUUGAAUUUCCAAUUCGUAUUUUUAGAAUUUUUAAAUUAAAGAUACGCUAUCAAUACAAUCCAAUUUUAAAUAAUGUAUGCAUUUUAAAGCCCCACUCGAUCAUCCACGAUGCAAAUCCAUUAACAAAAUAUGAAUGUUCAAUAACUCAACCACACUCAGAACAAGAUUUGCUUGAUGUCUUCUUUGUGUCGAGCCGACGAUACCGCCAACAACAUCAUCCAUCUCUAAAACUCGAACAUUGGGAUCACGAUUUGACCCCCCUACAGCAAGUCUAUCAGUCUUAAUGUAAACAAACCGCUGCUCACACAACCACAAAAUGCUUUGAAUUAGCUCGCCACGUUUUAAUCUGUUACUAGUGCUAAUUUACCUUGACGAAAGCCGCCAAGGGUAAUCCGUCCUCUUGAUAAUGACCUAGACCGUUCGACGAUCGGAAUGGAGGGUGACAUCCUCGACCGAGAUGCUAAGAAUGGGUCUUUCAAAAGAUAUGCAAUCUUCGGUGCAGCUAUCCGCCAAAUACAAUGUAUCCGCCGAUGAUUGGAGGUGGUGACAUUUGGGCACUUCCGUGCCGAAAAAGGAAAAGAAUCGACAAGUUUCCGGCCCGAAAAAGUCAU